AUGGCGUUCGCUGAAAGACUCGCGCCACCAGGGAAAAUAAAAUUGAACAGCAGAAAUCUCGCUGAAGAUUGGCGUAAGUGGAAAGAGGAGUUCAGUCUCUACGUUUCUCUGACUGUGAAAGAUGAAGAAGCAUCUAAGCUGCAGUUAUUCAAGUACCUUAUAGGGAGCGAUGGCCGAGAAAUCUACAAUACUCUGAAAUUCGAGAAAGAGGAGAAGGAUAGAACUCUAAAAAUGGCGCUGGAGGCAUUCGACAAGUACUGCCGUCCAAAGAAAAAUGAAACUGUCGAAAGAUUCAGAUUCAACACUCGCAAACAGGAGGCAGGUGAGACAAUUGAAACUUAUAUCACCGAGUUGAAAACAUUAGCAUCUACUUGCAAUUUUGGUCAAGUUGCAGAUUCUCUCAUAAGGGACAGAAUUGUAUGCCGUAUAGUAAACACACAUCUUAGGGAGAGACUUUUAAGAAAACUAGAUCUCAGUUUAGACAAAUGUGUAGACAUGUGUAGGGCUGCGGAAAUCACAAAACAGGGCAUCAGUGUGCUAGACGGAAGUAGUGCUCUCACACCAGCUAUUAAUAAAAUAAUCAAACAGAGUACCCGUAAACCUGACGAGAAGAAACAGGCUAGUGAGAAACAAAAAUAUAAACAGUGCAAAUUCUGUGGCAAGUAUCAUGAACUAAAGAAAGAAAAAUGCCCUGCAUACGGACAAACUUGCAGAAAGUGUCAUAAACUCAACCAUUUCGAAAAUAAGUGCUCAGCAUAUGCUAAACAUUGGCCCACAAAGAUCACGAAGAAGAAAGUUCAUGCAGUAGACUUUGGUGAAAGCUCCGACUCGGAUGAUUACUACCAGUCAAACUCUGUCACUAACUCGGACGAAGUCGGAUCUGUAAACUCUUUGAACUCCAAAACAGCACAGGCAACCAUGCUAAUCCAAGGAAAGAAAGUGAGAUUUCAGCUUGACACAGGAGCUACCUUCACCAACCCCAAAAACCAGAUGACUCAGGAAGCUGAUUUCGUUAUCAUCAAAGACAACUGUAUACCUCUACUAGGUAACGAUAAACUUCAGGAUAAGGAACUGCUACAAUGGAAUAGUGAGAACAUUCUAGCCAUUUCCAACUAUUCACCUAUCACCAAAGAGCAGUUGCUCACCGAGUACAAAGAUGUUUUUGAAGGCAUUGGACGUUUGGAAGGAGACUAUCAUCUUGUUGUUGACAAGUCCAUUCCUCCAGUUGUACACCCUCCUCGGAGAGUUCCUCUAGCUCUCAAAGCACAGCUAAAAGAUGAACUUGAUCGUCUAGAGAAUCUGAACAUUAUUGCUCAAGUGAGUGAACCCACACCAUGGGUUUCUACUUGCCUCAUGGUUGUCAAACCGAAUAAACUGCGGAUAUGUAUUGACCCAAAAGACUUAAAUAAAGCUCUGAAGCGUAGUUAUUAUCCGCUACCCACUAUUGAGGAAUUUCUUCCACAGUUAACCAAAGCAAAAGUUUUCAGUAUCCUUGAUGCCAAGAAUGGGUUCUGGCACGUCCAGAUGAAUCAUGAAAGUUCACUGUUGACUACAUUCAAUACGCCCUUCGGACGCUAUCGCUGGCUGAGAAUGCCGUUUUGCGUGUCUACAGCCCCUGAAGAAUAG